UGGUUAGUACGAAAACCGCUUGCGUCCGACGCGCAUACAUUCGAAGAAGUAAUUAAAUAAAAUAUAUAUAUAUACACACAUAUAUAUUGGUGCAGUGAAAUAAAACUGUGUUCGGUGUUUAUUUGUGUGGGCGGUAUAGUUUCGUUCAUUUAGUCUUACAUUCAAAGUUUUCAGAGAACAAACAAAAAGACGGCAUUAGAAAAAAAAAAGUGUCCCGUUCAAAAUGAUGACGGUCAGCGAGACUCAGUUCUCUUCGAACAAAAUGUCCAGCAUCCACAAGAUCAACGACAGGGUUGUCCACCGCGACAGCUUUGAUGACGUCCAGAGCUCUUCAUCAGUCAACAGUACUCUGGUCACGAAGCGAGGGUUCAAGCCGUCAGACAUGUUCGACCCGCAGAAGAAGGAAUUCCUCACCAAUCUCAGUUAUAAGUUGUUCCCUAAUGACGGAGAACUAUCCAGGGACGCAAGCUUGGAACCGACAGAUCUCCUUACUGAAGACGUCGAGAACAAGGCCAUCCUGGUGGGGGACAAGACGGUGGACCUGAACAAGAUUUUCACACCAGCGCCUGAUGCUGAAGAGCAUAUCAUCAAGAAAGACCGUAAAUUCGAAAAGACGUUCGCAUCGUCCGCGUUCUAUGUGCCCGGCGUCCACCCUACAGUCAAGGAACAGAUGGAUCUGGCGCGAGCCAUUUCCAAGUCCUUGAGCGAUUCCAGCAACCACAUGAGCAAGGGCCAGAGCAUGUACGUGAACAGGAAGAAGAGAUCGGUCAAGUGGGUGCACGAGGGAAGAGGCCGGAACACUUCGAACACGUGCUCGACCCCCACCCCGGUGGCCAGCCACGACACGCCGUACCGACCGCCGUCCAGCCUGCGCAAUCAGAAGACGUACCCAAAAUCGGCACUAAAGCACUCGAGCCUGCCCAAAAUCGACCCUCCAGUUUUUCCGCCUACAAUAACGGUCCAGAACGUUGAUCUGCCGGUACCAAUGGCUCCGACGAAGCUGAAUGACGUGUACGCUUCGCCGAAGAGCCCGCGGCUGCCCCUAGUGUCCGGGCCGAAUUUCAAUGUGGCGCCACGAGGCUGGGGCGACAUGAAAGAUUACUACCGACCGGUUUCGCUAGAUGGCGUUGGCAAGGUGGCCGUCGGAUUCUCUGAUUUUUAAAUGUGAUCAGCGGUUUUAGCGAACCGAUUAAUUUCAAGGGCAGUCUGUAUUUUCGUGAAGCGAUUUGAUAGUUGAUAAGAAACGGGUAAUUUAUUUUUCCCUAAUACAAUGAUUAUUAAAUAUACACUUUUGUUUAUUCAACUUGAUAUUGCUAAAGUACCACCGUCCGCCUAAAGUUGUUUUUGUGAAUAUUCCAUUAACUGUGUGGCGGGUAGCCAUCAUACAACGCAAGAUAAUUGACAGAUGCCUGAAUUUCGCUUACGACAUUUUCAAGAUAAAGCGCAUAUAUACAAGUUCCGAACAACAACAUUCGGACCGUCGGUCUACCGAGCAAUAUCAUCCGCUCGGUGGAAGAUCUUCCCUUUGUCGUAUAUCUCUCCCAAACAUUUAAAUUAAAGUUACUAUACUUGACACCUUAGAACUUAUACCUCAAGGUGGGUGGCGCAUUUACGUUGUAAAUGUCUAUGGGCCUCAGUAACCACUUAACACCAGGUGGGCUGUGAGCUCGUUCACCCAACUAAGCAAUAAAAAAUUAAUAAAAAAGUUGGUAAUAUUUUCUUUUAGUGCUUUUCUCAACCAGACGAAGAAGGUAUUUUUUAGCUUUUAUACAGAUGUAUACAAAAUGCUUCAAUAGUAUUUUGCACUAUGAUAAAAUAUUAAUGUAAUAAAAUGUCAUAAUAAUUCUGUGGCGAUUGUUAAACUUUACUACAAUAAGCGAGAACACAUUCUAGAAACACAAACACACAGCCUUUGAAACUAGUCGAAUCUAAAAUUAAAUACUAAUUUGAAAUUUUACUUAAUAAGUUUGAUUUAAAUAAAUAUUGUAAUUUAGCAUUUUACUACAUGUGAGAUAUUUGAAAUAAACUUGAUUAGGUUUUGUUUUAAAGUUCGAUUUUUUGCUGCGUAAUGACCGUCAUAUUUUUUUAAAAUUUGAUUUCUAUUUUGUAAAUGUAACAUGGGAAUAUUUAUAAGUAAUUAACGAUUAAUUAAAAAAAAAAGCAUUGAAUGUAUGUAUUAAAUCUUUUUUUUUUCUUUUCCCGCGUUCUCAUUUCAAAACAAUAUUGUUUAGCUUCUUUGAUUUUGGCCACAAACAUUUUGCGGGAUACCAUACUUUUUUCUAAAAAGCCUUGGAUUAAAUGUUGCUCAUGGUUGAUCAAAGUAAAUAGAUGUGUUAUUUUAAGCAUUUCUCUAAUUAAUUUUGUCAUUUUCGUACAAGUAUUCUAUAACAAGUAAUUGAAAUAAUGACGAUAAAGUUGUUACAAAAUAGAUUUAUUUUGUUAUUAUCUAAUUAAAAAGCAAAGGAAUGUCGGUACAGCUGUAAGAUAAAUUAAUUAUAUUUUGUUUUACUAGUCAUUUUUCACAUUUUCUUCGUAAAUAAUAUAAAUGUGCCUUAUAAAUGUUAAAUUAUCUACGUUAUUGUUAUUUUAAUAUAAUAUGUAUUUAGUUAUUUAAAAAUAUUUAAACUAAACUAAAAAUAAUGUAAGUUUUAAAAUAUUUUACUUUUAAAUUAAACUAUACGUGUUUUGUUGAAUUUCUAGUUUUAAACGUAAAUUAUUUGUAUUAUGUUCGAUAUUACUGUGAAUUUUAUGGAGAUAUUUUUAAUAAAUCCUUGAAAUACU